AUGACGAGCCGUCGACGAACCUCCCUCUCGACCCUCUCGACGGCGUCAUCAUCCCCCUCUGGCCCCGCCGACUCGGACGACAGCGACUCGGACGCGUACAGCGACUCGUCGUGGAACACGGAGCAGGAGGAGCUCGAGGCGCAGCUGCAGUGGGAGGAGAGCGUCCGUCAACUCCAGGCGCUCGUCAACCUCGUCGCCGUGCCGUGGGUCUCGCGGUACUUUGGCAGGAAGUGGGCGUAUUGGCUCUUCGAGCGGUAUCUCGACAUCGGGCUAGGGAAACGGUUCUGGCUUGGCCCGCUCUCGACCUACGCACCUCAAGCAUGGCGGUAG